AUGAGCCUCCUCAAGCCGUUCACCGAUGCACAAAAGAAAUUCCGUGGCUUCAAAAUCGGCGCAGUAGCUCUCGCAGCCGCCUUCCCGGAAGAGAAGCGCCGUGCCAUCGAGCGUCGCCAUAACAUCGAGCCGGAUUGCUGGGCCAAGGUCGACUUCCCUGAUCGAGUUUCGGCUGCACAUGCCCUGGGCGUCCCGGCGCGCCAGGAGGUUAGGUCGAUCAAGGUACAGCGUUAUCACCCUGUUUACUUCUGGGGCGAGGAGAAGAAGCUUAAAUCGCCGCCUCUUACUGAUGAGUCUAUGGACGACAUCUGUGAUACUUUUGGAAAGAUGACUCCUCAUGAGGUUAAGUCUUCCGCUCUCAAUGAUGAAUCCGUGGACGACAUCUCCAAUGAUUUUGCCAAGAUGAACAUCGAGACUGUUGCUAUUGGCUAUGGCUUGGAGAUGCAGCUCGACUCAAGCACCACGGUCGUGUCUGCUGAUGAUGCCGCAUAUGAUGCCGACACAGAUAGUAAAAUGGCCGAUGCGGAGUAA